CUUUUACUUCAGUAAAAUUCCUGGAUUUUCUUCCCACUGAGUGAAAAACAAAAACUCACCAGAAACACCUGCAGAUUUUCAUCCUUAAAUUAUAAUAAUUUCCACUUACCUUUAUUCUUCUGUCUGUGUGAUGAUGUAAUUUUAAAUAUUAAAUGAUCAUUUGACCAGUUAGUCAGUAUUUUUUGAGUGAUUUCUUGCCACUUUUUACCUGAGUGAAACAUGUUGAAGUGUUGCUGCUCUUACAGUUUUUGGUUAAGACGAUAAACAUGUCGAGGGCGGAGCAUCAGCGGUAAAAAUCCAUGACCUCAUCUGUGCCUCCGCUUUGUUUCUGCGACGCUCCACCUGGAGCUGCAGCUCCUUAACCUGCUGCCUCAUCAGGAGCUGCUGCUGGUUUGUCCACAAUGGAAAAGGGAGGAAAUGGAAACGGAGCGGACCAGGAGGAGCCAGAGAGCGGUCCAGACCAGGAGAAAGGAGGCCUUCUGUCUCUGCUUCAAAGUGAAAACUCAGAGACGGCGCCUGCCCCCAUGGACAGCAACGUCUUACUGUCAAGACCGCCGCGUCGCCCCGCCGGUGGCAGCACGCCGUUCACCAGGGAGAAGCUCUUCACGGCGGCGUCUCAGGGCGACGGCGCCCAGCUUCACGGCCUGCUGGACUUCCUGCAGCUUCACCGGAAACGGCUGACGAGCCCAGAGUUCAAAGAUGAAUCGAAUGGGAAAACGGUGCUGCUGAAAGCUUUUCUGAACCUGAAAGACGGCAGGAACGACACGAUCGAAGUCCUGAUGGACAUAGCAGAGAAAACUCUGGACUCUGAAAGCUUCAUCAACGCCGCGUACACAGAUCCUUCUUACAAAGGUCAGACGGCCUUGCAUGUGGCCAUUGAAAGACGAUCGCUGCACUACGUGAAGCUGCUGGUCCAGAAAGGAGCUGAUGUCCAGGCCAAAGCCAGCGGGACAUUUUUCCAGAGGAACACAAAGCUGGGCUUUUAUUUUGGCGAGCUGCCGCUGUCUCUGGCCGCCUGCACCAACCAGCCAGAGGUGGUUUCGUUUCUCCUGGAGAACCCGCACCGCAGAGCCGACCCGACCGACCGCGACUCGCAGGGAAACACCGUGCUGCACAUGCUGGUGGAGAUCUCAAAACAACCUGCAUUCGGAUCAACCUUUUCCUGUAAAUCUGUUCAGAAUCGUCCAGAGAUGCUGCAGAUCGAACCGCUCCGCAGCCUUCUGCAGGACAAAUGGCAGAGAUUCGCCUCCAAGCUGUUCCUCCUGAACUUCUUGUCUUAUUUGCUGUACCUGGCCGUCUUCACCACGGCAGCGUUCUACAGAAAAGACGGACAGCCGCCGUUCCCAGUGGAAAACGUCCCGGCGGAUCACCUCCGCUGCCUCGGUGAGAUCAUCAGUGUCCUGGGAGCAGCCAGGUUUCUCUACAAAACUAUAACCAUUUUCAGGAGGAACCCCCCAAACAUCAGCUCUCUGUUUACUGACGGAUUCACUGAAAUUCUGUUUUUUCUGCAGGCGGCCCUGCUGCUGCUGUGUGCGGUCUUGUACUGCUGCGGGCGGACAGAAUACGUCGGGCUCCUCGUCUUGUCUCUGGCUCUCGCCUGGAUGAAUGUUUUAUAUUACACACGAGGCUCCAGGCAGCUGGGGAUCUACAACGUCAUGAUGCAGAGAAUGAUCCUGGGCGACCUUCUGCACUUCUUAUGCGUCUACAUCGUCCUGCUGUUUGGAUUUUCUGCCGCCGUCUGCACCCUCAUCGACGACUCACCUGGAGGGAGUCCGACCAACGACUCGGUCCCACGACAAAGGAGUUUUAACGUCGAAACGUUCAAAUGCGAGAAGCCGAGCUACAACGACAUCGGCUUCACCACGCUGGAACUGUUCAAGUUCACCAUCGGGAUGGGAGACCUGGAGUUCACCGACCACGUCCAGAACCAGACGGUCUUCUACGUCCUGCUCAUCUGCUACAUCGUCCUCACCUACAUCCUGAUGCUCAACAUGCUCAUCGCCCUGAUGGGGAACACGGUGGAGAGAAUCAAGGAGCAAAGCCAAACCAUCUGGAACCUGCAGAGAGCGUUCACCAUCCUGGACAUGGAGAGGACUCUGCCGCGGUGGCUGAGGACGAAGCUGCAGUCCGGCGUGUCAGAGAUGGUCUGCGUCAGGAACGACCAGGACGACGCGCGGAGAUUCGUCAGAGUGACGGAAAUAAACUGGAAGAAAUGGCGAUCGGAUGUCGGCGUUAAGCUGAAGGAAGAACCUGCAGGUCAGCUGACGACCGCACGAACCGAGGAGGAAACUUCUGGGAAUCCGUGGAACAUAAAUGUGCUUCUCCAGAGGAUUCGCUCCAGACGACAGGAAGACAGCUACGUUCUCUAACUCAAACUCUGAUUUUUAUUUCUUAAACACAUUUCUCAUAACUCAACAUAAUUCGUCCUUGUCUUAAGAAACUUUAUUACAGGCGCAUUUCAUCACAUCUUUUAAAAAAAAUGAAUGUAUUUCCAGAAAAUUUCAAGCUAAUAUCUUGUAAAACUGAAUGUGUUUCUGUUUAUUUAAACAUCAACUGUGAAGGUGAUCAUGAUGCCAAGUUAAAACAUUUAAACGACACGACGCUACGCAUGUGGAAGGAAAGCUUUUCUACUGACGGUUAAAUAUGAUUUGAUUUUAUUAAAUCAUGUUUAGUUUGGAGGUUUAACAGAAGUCCGUGUUUAUAUCUAGUGAAAAACAUUCACUGCUGGACGUCUAAAAGAUAAACUUAAAGCAGAUAAAACAUAAACUCUGACUUAGGCUGCAUGAAGUCGGUUUGAAGAAUCUAAAGUUUUUCACAAUAAAAGUCACUAAUAAAAGCUUUGUGUUUACA